CUGCAGCAGUACUAGCCCAACCAGUCUCCAGCAUGCAGUGUAGCUGAAAGGGGGCAUUCACACUGCACCUGCCCAUAGCUCUUUUCUCUCCUCUCUGAGGUUCGCUUUCUCUUUCUCGCUUCGCCCUUUCCCCUCCUCCCCAGCCCCCUCUUCUCUCAGGGCAGAAAUGUAAGUCUGAGCCGAGAUCCAAGGAGAGACAUCAUUUCCCCCCCUCCCCACCCUUUUCCCCUCCCCACCCCUCGGCAGAGCAGCUACCGAUUCCUGGGAGCGUCGCCUCCCCUCCCUUCCCAGCGUCCCCCCCCGCCCCCCCCCCCCAGCUCCGUGAGUCCUUUGUGCCAGCUCUCCUUUUCGCCUUGGCGGCCGUGUCAACGCUGAACCGUCCAAGUGCCUGGAUAUCGAGCUUGAGCGCCGCGGGUUCGAGCCCAAUCAGCCGGGACUCUGGCUUCCCCGGGGCGCUGGAGGUGGUGGUGGUGGAUGGAAGGAUUUGGAAAUCUUAGAAGCGCAGCAUUUGCAAGCCAAUGUUUGUAACCGGGCUGCGGACGAGAGCGCGUCCCGUUGCUGCUCCUCCUGCUGCAUCGCGGGUCCCUUUCCUGAGGAUGGGAAGACGCGUCUUCUCCAAGCACUAUGGAUGAUUCUUUUUUCCUCUCCUGAAUUCUUCGCAGGGUGCUGCAUGUGUCUGUUUGUUCGUGGUUUUUAUUUUUAAUCCCCCAUCCUUUUUUUUUCUCUCCCUUUAGUCGUCCUCCAUCUCUCCAUCCUCCUUUCGGAGGGGGGAAAAACCUCCCUGAGAUCCAUGUGUUAAGCAGAGUAAUGAUAUAAUAAUAAAAGAAUAGUUUCUAGAUGGCACGCUUUUGUGAAAUUUUUUGCAGUUUUUUUUCUAAAAACAAAAAAGGGAGGUAGUGAAGACUCCUGGCUUCUAAGUGUAUUUAUUUUUUAACUGUUUUAGGAAGAUAACUUUAUUGACUUUGUUUGAUUUGUCCAUCAGUAGAAUAGAAUUAUUUUUUUUUAAAAGGAGCUUUUUCUGUGAAAAAGCCUCUCCCACCUACCAUUACCAACACCUCCUUCCCCAGCCCCUCCAUACACACUUUUAGCUAUUUAAAACUCUUAAUUUAUUAGUCUCCUUCUCGUAGCAAGCCCCAGUCUCUUUAAAGUCUCCUUGGCCAUGAAAAUGAUCUUGGUCCGCAAAUUCCGGGUGCUUAUCCUCAUGGUGUUUUUGAUUGCCUGCACCAUGCACAUCGUGAUCGAUCUGUUACCAAAGUUGGAGAAGCGCGCGGCUAGGAGUGAUGGGGACCCCGGCUGCUCCUGCUCUCACCCCCCGAGCGAGGAGGCGCAAGGCUGGGGGAAGCAGAGGACUAAGAGCGGGGCUGAUUCGGGCUGGCCUAACAAACACACGCUGCGGAUCCUGCAGGACUUCAGCAGCGACCCGAGCUCCAACCUCACCUCCCACUCGCUGGAGAAGCUCCCCGGGACCGGAACGGGGACCGGCGCCGGGGCCGGGACAGCUGCAGCGGCUGACAGGUCCGAGGCAGCGGCGGCGGCGUUUAAGAGGCUGGAGCCGGGCGGUGGCGGAGACGGCGUGCAGCGAGGUCUCCCCCACAAACACCUCAUUCAAGAUGGGAGUAAGGCGAGCAAAGUGCCGCUGGGGAAGGACGGCUCUAAGCUGGUAGCCCUGUUCCAACACCCUCUCUACAACAUCGCCAUUCCGCCUCUCACAGGGGACGAUGUCUUGUUCAACGUGGAGAGCGAUAUCCGAUUUAACCCCAAAGCAGCUGAAAAUCAGCAAUGGCACAAUGAAGGUAAUGAAGAUGAAGAAUUUUUACCCACGGGGGAGACAGCUGUCGACACCUAUCCCAACUGGCUAAAAUUUCACAUUGGCAUUAAUCGAUAUGAGUUAUAUUCUAAACACAACCCUGCGAUUGGAGCAUUGCUGCAAGAUCUAGUGUCCCAAAAGAUCACCAGCGUUGCAAUGAAGUCUGGGGGAACUCAACUAAAACUCAUCAUGACAUUCCAGAAUUAUGGGCAAGCACUGUUCAAACCCAUGAAGCAAACCAGGGAGCAGGAGACACCUCCCGACUUUUUUUAUUUCUCCGACUAUGAAAGACAUAAUGCUGAGAUUGCUGCCUUUCAUCUGGACAGAAUCCUAGAUUUCCGCCGUGUCCCUCCAGUUGCAGGCCGAAUGGUCAAUAUGACCAAGGAGAUAAGGGAUGUCACACGAGACAAGAAACUGUGGAGAACAUUCUUCAUCUCUCCAGCCAACAACAUCUGUUUCUACGGGGAGUGUUCAUAUUACUGCUCCACGGAACAUGCUCUGUGUGGGAAGCCCGAUCAAAUAGAAGGGUCUCUCGCAGCCUUCCUGCCCGACCUGUCUCUGGCAAAGAGGAAAACGUGGCGAAAUCCAUGGAGACGCUCAUACCACAAACGCAAAAAAGCAGAAUGGGAAGUGGACCCUGAUUACUGUGAAGAGGUGAAGCAGACACCACCAUACAAUAGCAACCGUAUUUUGGAUAUAAUGGACAUGACCAUUUUUGAUUUCCUAAUGGGAAACAUGGAUCGACAUCACUAUGAGACCUUUGAAAAGUUUGGCAAUGAAACAUUUAUUAUUCACUUAGACAAUGGAAGAGGGUUUGGAAAAUACUCCCAUGACGAGCUCUCCAUUUUGGUGCCUUUAAAUCAAUGCUGCAGAAUAAGGAAGUCCACCUACUUGCGACUGCAAUUGCUCGCCAAGGAAGAGUACAAGCUGAGUGACUUGAUGGAAGAAUCUUUGCUCAAAGACAAAAUCGCUCCCAUUCUCUACCAGUUACACUUAGAGGCCCUGGACAGACGGCUGCGGAUUGUUCUCCAGGCUGUUAGGGACUGUAUAGAAAAAGAUGGUUAUGACAGUGUGGUGGAAAAUGACUUUGACACUGCCAACACGAUCACGACCAAGAGGUAGUGAAAUUAAAGCUGCCUUGCUGUUUUUACGAGUGAAGGAAGGAAAAGAAGAAAAAAAGUCUUGCAAGAGACUAUGUGUAUGCCACUUUGUGAAUUCAGUGAAUUCAGAAUUGAGAUAUAAUUGUUCCCCAAGUAGGUAAAGACACUGAGAAGAUUUAGAUAAUUAUGAAAUAAGUCUAAGGCAUUGCUUAUAAUUAGUUCCCCGAAACAAUAUGAAAGAGUUGGAAAAAAAUAUUAUAAUCACUGACAGACAAAAUGGAUUGGUGGCAAUUGCAUUCUGUCCUUUUUUUUGUAUAGAAAGGAGGCCUUCGAUAUUUUGUAUUUGCAUAUGGUAUCUAUAUAUAUGUGUGUGUGUAUGUGUAUAUAUAUAUGUAUAUCUGCAUAUACAUAUGUAUGUAAUGCACAUGCAUAUAUGUAUAAACCACAGGUCUACCUACCAAAUUUCACAAAGGAGAGGCAGCAUCAUCCGAUGCCUCACCAUUUACUCCAGGUGACAUCCACUUGGUUGACUGUGUUAACCCAUCACGCGCUGUCCUGUGCUAGACCUGAUCCAAAACUACAGCUCUGGAGUGGGCGUGGGGGUUGGGCCUCGGCGCUUAAAGAGUUAAGAGGAAAACUCUGAAGGCUCAGUGGUUAAUCCAAAUGGAAUGUCGGUAACUGUUCAUUUUCAGAAAAUACUUGAAUGUUGGUUUUUACAAAGUGAUGUAAAAUGACGAGUCGUUCUAUUUAUCCAUCAUUAAGUAGCAAUCCUGACCUUUCUAGAUGGACAAAGGGAAGCCGCUACUGUCCUGACUUUGCUUUUGACAGUUUGGUGUAAAUAUAUACAUAUAAGAGUAAAUCUGCAAUCUGCAGCCAUAGGCUUACUUUUGCAACAUUUUUUUUUUGUGGAAUUGUUUGCAACGUGGUACAAGUACAAUAAAAUUAUGGCAGAUGUGUA